GCGUGGAAUCCAGACGCGCGAGCAUUCGUUGUUGACUUGUUUCAUUUUUGGUGUCUCUCCUCUCUCUCACUGGACCCUCGAUUGCGAUCGCCGAUCUCCGGCUUAGAUUGUCUGUUUCUCCCCGCGAGAUUUUCCUAGCGAUGAAGAAAAACAUUGACGUCUUCGAUUUCAACGAAGAGGACGAGCUCGCUGAGUCCGCUUCUGGAAAGCUAUUGGAAAAAACCGCAAGCCCUAGCUCGUCCGUUUCUCCGGUUCUGCAAUGCCAACGCAUCCAAAGCUUUUGCGAGGACGAACCUGCUCCGAAGGAAGAAUUAGAAGGCGCGAGUUGUGAAGAAGCUGCUGCUACUGCUGUAGUCGAUCGUCAUUGUGAAGAUGCUCCUGCUUUAGCAACAGAAGCUGAGGAUUCAACCAGAGGCCAUUUGAUCGGAACAGAUGUAGAUCAUGGAUUGAUGCUUGGUUUGAAUUCUGAAGAAGACCGUGCAAAAGAAGCAGAUGCAGAUGACGAUAGUCAGGGAUUGAUGUUUGGUUUUGAUACUGAAGACCACAUAAAAGAAGAAGAUGGAGAUCAUGGAUUGGAAAGUUUCUCUUACCAGCCAAGCGCUAAAGGUUACUACGCCGAAUCUUCAUCGUAUAGUCAACCCCACCUUAACUCACCACUUUCGGAUUCUUCAUCCAGUGAGGAGCGAACGGAUAUGAAGUCAUCUACUGACGAAAGCUUGAGUGAUCGAUCAGCAUUAAGUGAAGCUUCUGAUUCAGAAGGCGAUGAAGAUUGGAUGGCUGAACACUGCUUCGAUGACAUGGAAAAGAUCGACAGAAAAACGGCUGUUAUGAUGAUUCCAGAGUAUGUUGUGCUUAAGGAUAUGCCUUGUGCUGCCUCUCUGGUAAUCUUUUCAUGCAAUGGAAUCAAAAUAAAGUGCUACCUUGAUAAUAAUGAAGAAGGGCCAUUCUGUUGUGAAUUUGGAGUUGAAGACAUAGUUAAUAUUCAGUACAAUUGGUACCAAAAUGUUGGUCUGAUUAUUCUCAGAAUUCGAGUUCUAUUAAAGGACGAAAAAUGCCAUGAAGAUAUGCAACACACAACAGACAUUGAGGAGUUAAAGUUUGCAGUUAAAGAUCACAAUUGGCCUGAGAAGCAACAACAAAUUAACUCGCUGCAUGUGAAAUACCCGGCUGUAUGGAGUGCUGAUCUCGAUGAGGACGUGGAAGUAUCAGGGGGAAACUUGCAUCAACGGAAGCGUUAUUUUCCACGCUUUGAUGAACCCUUUGAGGAUGUUGUCUAUCCAAAGGGAGAUCCAGAUGCUGUUUCCAUUUGCAAAAGAGAUGUUGAGCUCUUGCAGCCAGAGACAUUCGUGAAUGACACAAUCAUUGACUUCUAUAUUAAUUAUUUGAAGAAUCAGAUUCAAGCGGAGGAGAGACAGAGAUUCCAUUUCUUUAACAGCUUUUUCUUCCGGAAACUUGCUGAUCUCGACAAAGAUCCAUCGAGUAUAGCCGAUGGAAAGGCUGCCUUUUUACGUGUCCGGAAGUGGACAAGGAAGGUGGACUUGUUUGGGAAGGACUUCAUUUUUGUUCCGGUGAAUUUUAAUCUUCACUGGAGUUUGAUAAUCAUAUGUCAUCCUGGUGAAGUGGCUAAUUGUGCAGAUCUAGACUUAGAUGACUCCACAAAAGUACCAUGCAUAUUACAUAUGGAUUCUAUAAAAGGGAGCCACGCAGGGCUUAAAAAUCUUGUCCAAAGUUACUUGUGCGAGGAGUGGAAGGAAAGGCAUAAGGACACAUCGGAUGAUAUUUCUUCCAGAUUCAUGGAUUUGCGAUUUGUCUCACUUGAGUUGCCACAGCAGGAGAACUCGUAUGACUGUGGCCUCUUUCUGCUGCACUAUUUGGAGCUAUUUCUUGCUGAAGCUCCCCAAAAUUUUAGUCCUUUCAAGAUAUACAAUGCUUCCAACUUUCUUUAUCUAAACUGGUUCCCUCCUGCUGAGGCCUCAUUGAAGCGUACUCUGAUUGAGAAGUUAAUUUUUGAACUCCUUGAAAACCGCUCACGGGAAGUGAUGGAUGAACAGAACCAGUCCUGCGAAAGUCCAGUGGCCGUCAAUAACAAUACUGGCAUCGAGGUUCUCUCUGGGAGAUGCACCCCCUUGAUAGACUGUAACGGGAAUAUGACACAGACGCAAGACGAACAAGGAAUUGAAAUGACUCUGCUUGAAAGAUCUUCCAUGAGGAACGUGCAAGCUGUUGAUGAUUCCGGUAUGGUUCUGAGGGAUUUAUUCGAUGCAGGAGUAAACAACCCAGGAUCGUUACUUGGACAACUACAACAAACAUUCGAGGAACCAGCUUCAUUUUAUCAGGCAACAGAGCAAGUAGAGAUGGAAAGUGGUGAACAGUUUAUGUGUCUGAACUCUGGAGAGGACAACUUUCAACGAAUCACUGGAACUGAAUCUCCGAGAGCAUCUGUCUCGUUCUCUUCAUUGAACCUAACUAUGAUGCCGGCUCAGAAGGAAGGUGAGGCUGAUUCGUUAUCUGAAGCCUCUAAUGAUUCAGAAGAUAUUGGUAUCAUAGAAGACAGCCCUAUGGAAAAUAUUCGUGAAGCAGAAACCGAUGAGAGUCCAUCAAGAGAGACGGUCUCUUUAUUUUCUGCAGCCCUGGGUCCUAGCACUGACCAGAACACUGAGAGUGAAGAACCCGCAUCUACUCACAACGAGCUUGUGGUUGCAUCGAGUCAAGAUGGCCGAGACGAGGAGAAGCAAUUGGAGAAUGGUCUUGGGGUUGGGGACAAGACGAGUGAAGAUCUUAGAAUUGGAGACAAGACAAGUGAAGAUCUUGGAACUGAGAACAGGAUGAGUGAAGAUCUUGCAAUUGAGGGCAAGACUAAUGAAGAUCUUGCAACUGAGGACAAGACCAGUGAAGAUCCUGGGAUUGAGGACAAGACGAGCGAUGAUCUUGUUAUUGGGGCAAAGACGAUUGAAGACGUUGGGGAUGAUUGUGAUGGGAAGGAGAAGGAGCGAAUGGAGGACGAAGAAGAGAAGCGAGCUGCAAAACGGCCGAGGCUAUCUUCCACAGGCGAAGUUGAGGAGAUGGAGAUAAAUUGAUUGUGACAUGUAUUAACUUUGUCUUGGGUCUUUUGAUUAGUUAGAAGGAUUUAAUAUCAACCAACACGUUGUAGGAAAAUGUUUAUAGCGAUGAAAAAUAUAUUUCAUCAGUAUGAUCAAAACCAAAUCACAUUCUCAAUUUUUGUUUGGAUCGGUUUCAACACCCAUAAUUUAUAAAAGGUAGAGCGUUUGUAACUAA